AUGAUUUUAGACGUUGAUUCCGAGAUAACCAUUUUUGACCCCAAUAGUAGUUCUGAUGGUAUUUAUUUAUGUGAACGAAAAUAUGCAUUAGAACUACUGAAGUUUGUGGAUAUGUUGGACUGUCGUCCUUCUUCGGUUCCCAUGAUUCCUAAUCACAAACUUUCCAAGACAGAGGGUGAGCUUCUUGAUACCCCUGAACGCUAUCGAAGACUGGUUGGCCGGUUGAUGUAUUUGACCAUCACACGUCCUGACAUUACGUUUGCUGUUAACAAGCUUUGCCAGCACUCCUCUGCUCCGCGCUUACCUCAUCUUCGUGCGGUAUACAAAGUUCUUGAAUACAUUAAAGGAACUGUUGGUCAUGGAUUGUUUUACUCCGCUGAAGAGGACCUUACAUUAAAGGAAUUUGCGGAUGCAGAUUGGGCAUCUUGUCAAGACAGUAGACGUUCAACGGCUGGUUUUACCAUGUUCAUGGUUCUUCCUUGA